UCUUUAGUUCGGAACGAGCGAGCGCGUAACGUGGUCAUCGCCCGUCCAGCACGGGGACCAAUUCGUGCGGGAGUUUUUCUCCGUCCGUUUCCUAGCCACGGCGCUGUUAGUGUGUGUUUGCGUGUGUUUGUGCAGUGCUGGGGAGGUGGUUAACCAAGAACGAAAAAACGAUUUCUCUCCCCCCACCACCGAUCGGGGGGUAAAGAACUAAUUCCGCUAACCGGAACUGGUACACGGGAAACGAGAUUGCUACUGAUACUGGUCGACUGAUACUUGCCCCCCUGAGAGGAAGGGCAAACAAUGCAAAGUCAUAGCUCGGGGCUGCUGGCCUGCCGUUUCACGGACUAUUGAUUGGUUCAGCGCCUUUCAGCGUGUCCCCGAUAUGUCCUCAAGAAGUGUUUGAUCGCUUUUUCCACUUCGGAGCGACGGAGACACGUCGAACGUGUUCGAACGACAAUUAGGCCACCCGGACACACCCGGAGGGGGGAGGGGUGGGCCAGUGAGGAACAAAACCAACGACAACAAAACCCCAUCAAUCGGGCGUGAUUGGUACGUGAUUUUUACCGUACGUCGUCCUGAACCCGAGCAUCGUCAGGCUGUCGUCAUCGCAGUGUGUGAGGUUGUGUGUCGCUCUCUUGCUCGUUACCGUAAACCGGUCAUUUCACAGUGGAAGUGUAAUUUUUCCAUGCCUUCGUUGGGCGCAGCAGGAAACAAUCGACCGUAUCGGGGGGCUUGUGUGUUUCUGUGUGGCGGUGGCUUCGAUUCGAUAUCGUUCCAUUUACACUAGAGAUUAAUGGCGGUGGCGGUGACGGUGUAUGUGUGUUUGAUAAGCCAAUAGUCAAAGUCGAUCAAUAGUGUGCGGCGUCAAUUGAUUGGAUCGUGACCCCACUAGACGACGCAAUUAAGCAACGAUUUCCCGAUGGCGAAUCUGUUCGAGUGCGUCGUCAGCGGAACCGGCAGCCGGUGGAUGGUGGGCACGCUCAUCCUGACACACUUGAUCGCGUACAAUGAGGCGGGCGGUCCGGGCCUGAUGAUAGGGAUGGCGCUCGCCGCCCUGUACGCCGCCCUGGCCGGCACGUGCAAAUCGGGCAUCAAAUCGCUACAGAUCUCGUACAUUCGCACCACGCACCGGGUCGACUUCUUCUGUCUGUUUCUGGCGAAGUGGAUGGACAUAUUGGCCCUGUUUUCGGCCUGUGCCGUGCUGGUGCGUACGCUCAGCUCCUGCCUUGACGCCAUGACCGGCGGGCUGGCGAGGAUGUAUAUUUUAGGACGUAACUCGCCCGCCAACGAACCCUGGCCGGACGUAAUCGGUGUGGUGGUCAUCUUUAUCGUAACCGGCAUGUUUAUGCUCGGGCUGGAAAACACCCGAAUCUUUGGGCUGCUGAUGACGGCAGGCGUGCUGCUCGUCGGCACACUGAUUGUCAUCAUUACGGGGCUGCGCGGCAAUCCGGCCCUGUUCCGUACCGAGCCAAUACUGCCGAAAGGAAUCGUCGGGCUCCUUUCCGGGACGGCACUGUCAACGUUCACUUACUCGAACGAUUUACUAAACGGUAAUUACAUCAAACGUCUCCUGGGAUUGGUCGUUAUUCUGCUAGUUUUACUAUCGACCGAGCUAGUCGGCGCGUGCUUAACGAUGCUGAUAAAAUUCAGCUCUAGCCACGAUUAUGAAGCCGUCCCGAUACUGUCCAUCCUGGAGCUGAAGGACUUUCACAAGCUCAUCCCGGCCGUUGCCUGUCUGCUCGUGCUCACCUGUUCCGGUGCCCUACUGGAGCUGUUUCCCGAGAUGUACACCGAAAUCGUGCAGCUAACCACGUCCGAUUGGCGCAUUCUGGCGAAACAGAUCGGUUACGAAAACCGGGACAGUGGCAGCCCGACCCUAACCAUCUUUACUGGGGGUAGUCUGUGCGCGAUGCUGGCCUUUGCCUGUCCGCUGGAAAAUCUCACCUACAUACUGGCCGCAAGCAGUGUGCUGGCGACGCUGCUUCGAUCGUUUCACUUUCUUUAUCUACCGUUUCGUCCGCACUAUCUCGCCCAGCAAAAUGAGUCCAGCCUUGGCUACAGUCGGUUGAACACGGGCAAUCGAUCUUCCUCCACUUCCGGACAGGCAAACCCCACCAACGGGCUACGAACUGCACACAGUCGUCGCUCCAGUCUGUGGUGCUUUAAGUCGUCCAACUUUUGCUCCUCAACGAAAGCCGCCCUGGCGCAUCACGUUCUGCCCGGCAGUCGGGGUGGUAUGUCACACACGCUGAACGGUGGCAGUCGGGAGGAGCACGAACGGGAGUGGUUGCUGCUGGGUGAACCAUCCUCACCGAAGGGCCCACCACACAGCCCACCCGGGACGGUGGAGUCAACGGUGCUGUCCGAUCAGAUCUCCGACAUUGAGUGUAUUGCGCUGGCCAAGCCGGAAAACAUGGACAGUGAGGACAGCUCGACGGACAUUGAUGCGAUUGUGGAUGAGUACAGGCAGAAGGUGACCGUUUCGACGGCAGGGUACACGUCCGAUGGGGACACGUUGCGGUUGCCGACCGCGAACAGCUGGUACCUUGCCAUCAUCUUCAUUGUGCUAAUCGUACUGGGGAGUGUGAUAACCGCGUCCGGUUUGAUGCUGUGGGAUACGAUCAUGAUCAUUGCUGGAGUUAAUGUGGUUUUCAUUCCAGCAACAAUUCUGCUGCUCUUCCCGCGGUAUGAUCAGGCAAGCUCCACGUCGGCAACGCCGGCCCUGAUGAGCUGCGUGCUAACUGUGCUCGCAUCGUUCAUCCUGUUCUCGGCCUCCUUUGCACAGUCGUGGCCAGCGUUGUUGCUAUGGUUUCUGGCAGGACUGUUUCUCUUCAUCCGCUGCGACACCUGGUGCUGCCUCUGCUUAGACCGACCGGGCAGCGGCCAAACAACACUCAUCACGAGCGUGUCCACCACCAAGACGACUACCAUUCGCGUACCCCGCCCACCGAAGGGAGCCAUCAUUCAGGCGCGCAUUGCCGGGCACAGCUGACACUCGGACUCGACCGAUAGCGAGCUGUUCGAGGACGAGGACACGGUCGAGGAAUGGACUGACUGAUGGAUCGAGGAACACACCACCACUGCAGCCCAUUGUGGUGUGGCGGUGUAGAGAGAGCGAGAGAGAGCGAGAGAGAGUGAGGUGCUUCCACCGUCAUCGGAAACGGGUUGGAAGAUGCGGUGAUCAACGAUCGAACGAUCGAUAGAGCAGAGGAUGGAUGAUCACGUUCCAGUGUUUUCGUACCUAAAUCUCUGUGAAUGUGUGUGUAUGUGUGUGUGUAUGUCAUGUACGUGAGUGUGUGUUUGUGUGUAACAACCAUCCAUCCGUUCCAUUGACUCCCACCGGAAAUGCCCAUUUCCCGGAGCCCGGAGGGAGUCGUCGUUGAAAAAAAUAGGCAAUGAUUGCAUAUAUAUGUGAAUGUGAUACGAUAAAAACCAAAGGAAAUACGAGUGAAUGCCUCCUGAAGUAGGAAGAAGGGUAGUACUAGGCAGAUGGUAGAUUAGAAGUUUCCCUCUUUUUGCAAUAUUCUAAAACCGCGUGUUACAGAGCAAGACGGGCAGGAAUGGGUCGACGUUGAGCGAAUGUGAGCCUCCGUCAAUUAUAGAUACAGAAAAAUUGACAUUUACACAACGAACAAUUCAAAUAGUGCUUUUGUUUUUGAAUGAACAACCGGCCCAACAAUUUUCAGUAGAGAUAGAAAAAGCCAAACCAAAGCUAUUCCGAUGUAUUCUCUUUUAAAUCAAAUCACUCUCUCGAGCCUAACUUGUGCGGCCUUCAGCAAAACCAAUGAUUGUAGUACUAGUAGAUAGCGCGUGCGGUUGCGAGGUUUUCGGUUCGCAUUUUGCAAAACAGUUCUGCAGCCUCUUUUUUGCGGCAGCCUCCGUAGUUGAAGCUGGAUGGUAGAGACCAGAUAGUCCCGGAAAGAAUGCCGGAAGGUGAUAAAAAUAUAUAUAUUUUUGCAACAACCGGAAGGCUUUAGUGCAAGUGUCGAGUCGCGUAGUUGCGUAGUUGUUUUAAAGCAUUUUUUGAGGAGAAGCUAAAGGGGACAGGCGAAAAGUAGCAUUUGUUAGUAGAAAACGGUUUUUUGGGGGGAAUGGGGGAAGCAGCAUUAGAAUAGAAAGUGCCACGGUGGAAGGCAAUAACAGAAAAGAGAAUCGGUUUACUAUAUGGUUUUCCGGGUAAGAGGGACUUUCUUCUCGGUGGGCAAUAUUACACGACACAGAGAGACAGACGGAGGAUGGAGGAAACGCUAUUUUAAUCAUUCUUCUCGCUAGCUCUGCAUGUUUCUGAGUGGUUUCGAAUAAGAUUCAUCUUCGCCAUCCCCUAUACUGAGCCGUGAGCUCACAAAACAGUCUGCUGUGCUUGUGGAAAGUUGUAUAUGGAACUGUUUUUCCUCCAAUUUGGUGUGUGUUACCGCUGUACUGUAUAAAAGGAUGAUUUAAAAUAAAGUGUUCCUUAAGCUACUAAA